GGCCGGAUUUAUUGACAUCAGCUGUAUUGCGAAUGUUGACGAAAUAGAUAACAUCAAUUUCACAUAAGUAAAUAAAAACCGGUGACUAAUUCAAUUUAAUUUAAUACGCAAAAUGGUGGUCCGUUCGUACAACGACGAACUGAAGUAUCUAGAGAAGAUCAAUGAUCACUGCUGGCGCAUCAAGAAGGGCUUCCAGCCCAACAUGAACGUGGAGGGCUGCUUCUAUGUGAACAGUCGCCUGGAACAGCUGAUGCUCGAGGAGCUGAAAAACUCGUGUCGCCCUGGAGCCGUUGGCGGCUUCCUGCCCGGUGUUAAGCAGAUUGCUAAUGUGGCUGCACUGCCAGGUAUCGUAGGACGUUCGAUUGGUUUGCCGGACAUUCACUCGGGGUAUGGCUUUGCCAUUGGCAACAUGGCAGCAUUUGAUAUGGAUGAUCCACUGUCCGUGGUAAGUCCCGGUGGCGUGGGCUUUGACAUUAAUUGCGGCGUACGUUUGCUGCGCACAAAUCUCUUUGAAAAAGAUGUGCAGCCCGUCAAAGAGCAGUUGGCGCAGUCGCUCUUCGAUCACAUACCGGUGGGCGUGGGUUCCAAGGGUAUCAUACCCAUGAAUGCCCGCGAUCUGGAGGAGGCACUCGAGAUGGGCAUGGAUUGGUCAUUACGCGAGGGCUACGUAUGGGCCGAGGACAAGGAGCACUGUGAGGAAUAUGGUCGCAUGCUGAACGCCGAUCCCGCCAAGGUGAGCAUGCGUGCUAAGAAACGCGGAUUGCCGCAGCUAGGCACACUGGGCGCUGGCAAUCAUUAUGCCGAGAUUCAGGUCGUCGAUGAGAUCUACGAUAAGUGGAGCGCCUCCAAAAUGGGCAUCGAGGAGAAGGGACAGGUGGUGGUCAUGAUUCACUCAGGCAGUCGCGGAUUUGGCCAUCAAGUGGCCACCGAUGCGCUCGUCGAGAUGGAGAAGGCCAUGAAGCGCGACAAGAUCGAAACCAACGAUCGCCAAUUGGCUUGUGCUCGCAUCAACUCUGUUGAGGGUCAGAAUUACCUGAAGGCGAUGGCGGCCGCAGCAAAUUUUGCUUGGGUCAAUCGCAGUUCGAUGACGUUCCUCACGCGACAGGCGUUUGCAAAGAUGUUUAACACAACGCCCGAUGAUCUGGAUAUGCAUGUUAUCUACGAUGUUUCCCAUAACAUUGCCAAAGUGGAGAAUCACAUUGUCGAAGGUAAGGAGCGCAAGCUGCUGGUGCAUCGCAAGGGUUCAACACGCGCUUUCCCUCCACAUCAUCCCUUGAUUCCCGUGGACUAUCAGCUAACAGGGCAGCCAGUUCUUGUUGGUGGCACCAUGGGUACCUGCAGCUACGUCUUGACGGGUACAGAGCAAGGCAUGCACGAGACCUUCGGCAGCACCUGCCACGGCGCGGGUCGCGCUUUGUCGCGUGCGAAGUCACGUCGCAAUCUCGACUAUAAGGAGGUGCUGGACAAGUUGGAUCAGUUGGGCAUUGCCAUUCGGGUGGCCAGUCCAAAGCUAGUCAUGGAAGAAGCUCCCGAAGCGUACAAGGACGUCACGGAUGUUGUGGACACCUGUCAUGCGGCGGGAAUCAGCAAGAAAUGCAUCAAAAUGCGCCCCAUUGCUGUUAUCAAAGGCUGAAAGCACAAAUCAAUAUUAAUUUAUAACAAGCGACAUUUAUAAUACGAAACUUUUGUAUUUAAUAAUAACAAAAUCACUUCUC